AUGUCUGAUGAUAACAAUGAACCUAUGCCAGUUGUAAUUGAAGAAAAUCAUUCUGAUGUAAUUGAUCUUUGGAGAGAAGAUUAUGAGAUAUCUGAAAAUAAGACUAAGUUUAAAAUCAUGAAAAUAACCAAAAAAAAUGAAUUAAAAAAUCAACAUGUUUCUGGUAUAAAAGGUUCUGUUAAAACUGGAAAAAAAAUUGAGGUUUUUUUAUUAUGUUUUGAUACUAGUGAUGAUAAAAUUACUUAUGGUUGUAUUUCUGGUAGUAUUUUAAUUACAUCAGAAAAUAAGGAAAUGGUUGAAAAAAUUAGAGGUCAUCUUGAAGAAUUAGCUUUAUUGAAAUUACAUGAAACAAAUCCAAACUAUGAAUAUCAAAAAACAGUAAAUGAUUUUGUUUCUGAUCCUGAAGUUUAUGAAGCAAUAAUUGAAAAUUGGAUUGAGGAGUAUGGUAAAAAUAUUAAAGAUUCUUUAGAAAAAGAUAAUUAUUUUUUUGAAAUACGUACUUCUGAUAAUAUUAAAAUUUUUAUUUUAUUAUUUGUUCAAAAAAAUGAAAAAGAAUAUCGUUAUAUUAGUAUUGAUUUUAAAAUCAACAAAGAUAUUCUCGAUGAUUAUUUUUUUAUUUUGUUAGAAAAUAAUUGUAAAGAAUAUAAUUUUCAAAAUAAUUAUAUUAAAGAAACAAAAUAA